AUGUCUGUGACAAAUUUGGCCAAAGCUCUAGGCGACAACCACCUUAGUCAUCAGCUAGCUAGGGCGUUAAGAUCAAUCCUUAAAUUAAUUCAAGGAAUAUCGGCACAAACUGCAGAAUAUCGCGGUAAUUUUGACCGGGCCAAACAGGAAGUAGAUUUUGAUAAAAACCCUUUUGAGUAUUCGAAAACCAUUUUUAAGAAAGAACGCGGACAGCUUCUCUUGACCAACGAUCAAAUUUACGACCAUUUCAAGAGUACAUACGAAGUGCCUAAAAGUGUAAGGCUCUAUACGGAUCCAAACGAACAAAAACCGGAAAUUCCUCAUAUCGAUUUUCACGGCAUACCACCAACGUUAGACGAAAUAAGUAGUCACAUAAAGAGGAAAUCAUCUAAAUCUGCACCGGGCCCCGAUGGUAUCCCAUAUAUAGUCUUUAAAAAAUGUCCAUCGGUUCGUAAACACCUCCUAAAUAUAUACGGCAAAAUCUGGUCAAGGAAGCAAAUCCCGGAGUGUUUCGGGAAAGCAAUUUUUGUCCUCAUUCCCAAAAAAGAUCGAGUUACCGAUCCGAAGGAUACUAGACCGAUAGCCUUAACAAAUACAAUAUCUAAAAUCUUUUUCUCGGUCCUACAAACGAGAAUGACGCGAUUCAUGCUCAGCAACAAGUAUUUUAGGCCAAAUCACCAGAAAGGGUUUCUACCCGGGAUUUCUGGAUGCCUAGAACACAAUACCUUGCUGUCGGAGAGUUUGAAAGAUGCUAGAAAAAGCGAGCGGCAAAUUACAGUUUGUUGGAUAGACUUAGAGAACGCGUUCGGGUCGAUACAACACGAGUUGAUGCUAUUCGCGCUUAGAUGGUAUAACUUUCCACCCUUAGUUAGCGAUAUGAUUGCGUCGUAUUACUCAAAAUUAAAGUUUUCUAUUAUAACUAAAGAAGGCCCUUCAAAAAGUUUGAGUUACAAUGUAGGACUAUUUCAAGGGUGCUGUUUAUCUCCAAUAGUAUUUAAUAUUAUAAUCAAUAUCCUAGUAGAUAAACUUAUCAGCAAUGAGAAAAAAUGGGGGUAUCGGUUUAAGUUCAAUAACAAAUACACGGAAUCCAUUUUAGCCUUCGCUGACGAUCUCGCAAUACUGACACGUCUCCCCAAACACUGUCAAGUACUAUUGGAUGAAGUGGAUAAAUUCUGUGAGUGGACGGAUGGAUUGAGGACAAAACCAAGUAAAUGUCACUGUCUGUGUCUUGGUAGGCGGAAUACAAGAUACACCUCAUACGAUCCGGGACUAUCGAUAGGCGGUCAAUGCGUUUCUACGGUUACGGAAAAUGCACCAUUCAAGUUUCUCGGUCGUAAGAUUGAUAAUAUAGGUCGUACUCCAUCUUUAGAAGGAAUAGUAGAUAGCUUUUUAAAUGAUCUCAACAAGGUAGAUAGCCAGCAGAUCAGUAACGUAAAAAAAGCAUGGAUCUACGAUAAUUACUUAACUUCACGUUUGAAUUGGCCUUUCCUCGUCUAUGAUUUUAGUAAAACCCUUUUAUCUAAAUUAGAUGCAGGCGUCAUAAAGAUGUUGAAGUUGUGGCUCGGGCUCGCGCUAACGGCUGAUUCAUCGGCUUUAUUCAGGGAUCGUAAUAGUUUUGGGAUGAAUCUAAAAAGACCAUCGGAGCUCUACAAACACCUAAGAGUUUCCAAGAGACAUAUCCUGGGAAAAUCCCAUGAUGACGUCGUUACAUCACUCCCAAAAGACAAUGAUGCCCCAGAGCUAGAGUCACGACUUCAAUUCCAUAAACAAUUUAUGAUCGGAGCGCAAAAUAACAGAGUAGGGUUAGGAUCAAGUAGGAAAGUCCAAGAUACGGAUAUAUUAAAGUCUUUUAUUCGGCAAGACGAGAACGAUAAAUACAAGAUCCAUGCAAUGAGUUUAGAAAUGCAGAACGAGUGGUUAGACAUGGGAGAUUUUUGCAUUCCACUAGCACUAAAAUGGCGCACCCUAAUUCAUGACUGGUCGCCAGCCUUGCUAAAAUUUUAUCUCAAUGCGUUCCAGAUGACUCUCCCAGAUCAGAGUAAUUUAGUAAGAUGGGGUAAAGGUACCGAAAAAACUUGCUAUAUCUGCGGAAAGGCAGUUGGAACUGCCAAGCGUUUGCUGGUGGGAUGUAAGGUUCUCCUGGACAGCGGUCAAUACUCGCGUCGUCACGAUAGGGUUUUAGAGAUCAUACGUUUUGUGAGAGAGGGCACCAGAGCUAUAAAAUCAAGCGUCAAGCCUUACUCUAUCCUUAAAGCGGCUUCGGAUUGGACUAUCAUGAUGGAUACGUAUGAGAAACAAUACAAAAUCCCCGAGGAUAUUUGUGCGUCGGCCUCCAGACCAGACAUAUUUCUAUAUUCGCGUAUUUUAAAGCGCGUUGUGAUGAUAGAGCUUACGGUGCCUUGGGAAACCAACAUCCCCAAAGACCAUGCCAUCAAGGUCAAUAAGUAUUACGAGCUCACUAACGAACUAACUCGAAAUAGGUUCGUCGUUGAUUUGUACGCGGUAGAGGUGGGAGCGAGAGGUAUAACAGCUAAAUCUCUCUAUAACCUACUAAAAGACUUGGGCCUGUCCAGAACUAACAUUAAUUCAUUCUUAGAACGUACGUCGAAGGCAGCCCUAGUAGGUUCUUUUCAAAUUUGGUUAGGUAGGGAGAGGAACUUGGACAGUGGAGGUGAGCGUAUAACGCGCGUUAGUUGA